CAAGAAUGAUGCGCUAAGGCCGGGUCGACCAAGCAGACAAUUUGGCAGAUGAAGCAUUUCAAAUCCUCUCCUUCUGGUUUGUGACACUCUCAUACGGAAGGACAAAAAGACAUUCUCUGCAUCCUCCUCCAGUGGUGUUGGAGGCUCAGUGAAUGCGGCUGAGGAAGGAGCGAGCACAUUUUUACGCGCCUAACACGGAUACUGCGUUGUCUUACAGGAGGAGAAACUACAAUCUUCUGCCUUCUCUCUCAGACAAGCUUCUUUUUUUCUCUAUUUGGAUCAACUGGCUGCACAGAUUGUAACUUUCCACUCGCAAGUUGCUUUUUUUUCAUGAUGGAAGCACAGAGUUUGCUACUGAUCAUUUGCACCGCAUCAGACUAGCGGCUGAAUAACUGCAUUAUUCAUUUUUACACUCCGGUUUGUGCUGUCCUUUUGUGGUUUUGCUCUUUCUUUUGAAGCAAUGUGUUGAUUGUCCUUUUUACACUCAUCCUUUCAUAUGGCUGAAACAUUUUUUUGCUGCAACUGGAAAAUUGACAGUGUUCAAGGAUGGGAAGAAACUGGAUUUGUGCAGCGAAAGGAAAACUGACAUAUCAAUUACACACAGGAGAACUAUAUACUAAUAAGACUGGGAGUGCGUUGCCUUUCAUGUGAAAUAUUAUCGCCUUGAGCAACUUCAGUACUCCGGAUCGUGUCAAUAAACAGUGGUAUGUUUAACUGGAUCAUCAUCGGCAGUUGAACCGGACACACAGCUUAGAGAGUCUUACUGUCAACCCCUUCAGUUUAAAACUAAUAAGAUUACAAGGAUGGCUGACUUGUGGCAUCGCAUCACCAACCUUGUGCACCUUCCCACGGCUAGGAGUCGCUGGACGCGCCAGCAAGAUCUCUAGAAUCUGUCUCCCUCUCUUGUGUUGCAUUUCACAAACCUUGCUGUAAUCUAUUCGUCUCUUUUCUAUCAACCUGAUAACUAAACAAAUGUUCUCCCAUGGAGUUGGGACAACCUUGGGACUCAAACAAGCCGUGGGGCAUUUUUUCCAAGCACGCGGAGCCCGUCUGCAAGAGACGCAUCGGGUGAUAUAGGAGCCCACCCUGCUCUGCCAUCUCCUCAGCACCCUCCCCAUCCGCCCCCGUCUAAGCCAGCAAGCUUGGCUUUCCGUUGAUGUGCAGCGGUCUGCAUGGAAAUGAAGGCACGGGGAAGCCUUGUUGCGCCCCUGAAAUGUGCGUUUUCUCCGCGGCUGAGAGUGCUUCAGCGACACCAUUCUAUCCAUGUCCCACCAAUUCUACCCCGAGUCUCCAAAAGGAGCCUGUCACCUCAGCUUUAGGCUACUAAAUGAUUUUCUGGGGGAGGAUUUUUAAUCGGCGAGAUGAUGCUCAUUCUCCUGCUGGCAGCCUUUUCCUCUUCAAUCUCAAGCUCCUCCCUCUCCUCCCCCUCCAUGUCAGAUGGACUCCCAAUGGCAGACCCUUCUGCUCCGGACUUGAUGUCUGAAACUUGUAGUGCCUGCUCCUGCCUGUCGGUGGAAAAUGUGCUCUACGUCAACUGUGAAAAGAUCACUGUAUACCGGCCGACACAACUCAUUCCGCCUGUGUCAUCAUUAUACCACCUCAAUUUCCAAAAUAACUUUCUAAUUGUUCUCUACCCAAACUCAUUUCUCAACUUCACCCAUGCUGUAUCGCUGCAACUGGGGAACAAUCAGCUGCAGAACAUUGAAGGUGGCGCAUUCAUGGGUAUGAGCGCAUUAAAACAGCUGCACCUGAACAACAAUGAGUUGAAAGUGCUACAAGCAGACACAUUUCAAGGAAUAGAAAACUUGGAGUACCUUCAAGCUGACUACAAUUUGAUAAAGUACAUCGAAAAGGGAGCCUUCAACAAACUGCAUAAAUUAAAAGUGCUGAUUCUGAAUGACAAUCUUAUACAAGCACUUCCUGACAACAUAUUUCGUUUUGCCUCCCUCACACAUCUGGAUAUAAGAGGGAACAGGAUCCAGAAGCUUCCCUAUUUGGGGGUUCUGGAGCACAUCGGACGGAUUGUUGAGCUGCAGUUGGAUGAUAACCCCUGGAAUUGUACCUGCGACUUAGCACCGCUGAAGGCAUGGCUUGAAAACAUGCCCUAUAAUAUUUUUAUUGGAGAGGCCAUAUGCGAAACACCAAGCGACUUGUACGGAAGGUUACUGAAAGAAACCAAUAAGCAAGAGCUUUGCCCAAUGGGUACAGGAAGUGACUUUGAUGUCAGAAUGCCACCGGCCCCCCCUGAUACAGGACAGUCAACCUCCAAAACUUCCCCGACCUCCACGGUGACCACAAAAUCACCAAAAGCCACAGACUCAUCAAAAAUUUACGGAAAUGGCAUUGUAGCCGGAUUACCCCCUUUCGGAAGAAAUAGCCAGAUUGUGUCAUUUCAGACAAGGAGCCCCCCAAUGUCAUGCCCACAGCUGUGUAGCUGUAAAACUCACCCAUCAGACUUUGGCAUAAGUGUCAGUUGUCAAGAAAGAAAUAUACAAAAUCUAGCAGAUCUUAUUCCUAAACCGGCAAACGCCAAGAAACUUCACUUGAGUGGGAAUUACAUUCGUGACAUAAACCCAACUGAUUUCCGCGGAUUUGAAGGUUUAGAUUUGCUUCAUCUGGGUAGCAACCAAAUUGUCACGGUCCAAAAAGGUGUGUUUGCUAACCUCACUAAUCUGAGAAGACUGUAUCUGAAUGGAAACCAGAUCGAACAAUUACACCCUGAGAUGUUUUUGGGCCUCACAAAUCUACAGUACCUGUACUUGGAAUACAAUGCCAUUAAAGAAAUUCUUGCAGGCACAUUUGACUCGAUGCCAAAUUUGCAGCUCCUGUAUCUCAACAAUAACGUAUUACGGAGUCUUCCUGCCUAUGUGUUUGCAGGCCUGUCUUUAGCCAAACUCAAUUUGAAAAACAACCACUUCAUGACCCUACCAGUGAGCGGUGUCCUGGACCAGCUGCGCUCUUUGACCCAGAUAGAUCUAGAGGGAAAUCCGUGGGAGUGUUCCUGCGAUUUGGUCGCUCUGAAACUAUGGCUAGACAAGCUAAGCGAUGGAGUUGCUGCAAAAGAAGUCAAAUGCGCCUCUCCUGUGCAAUUUGCGAACAUUGAACUGCGCCUGUUGAAAAACGAAAUCUUGUGCCCAAAGCUUAUUGCUCGGCCACCAUCUAUUUUAACUAGCGCCACCCCCGUCGUGACUUCAGUUUCACCAGCAGGAGUUGGCAAAGCCCCGCCAGGAGGUCCCGUCCCUCUCUCAAUCAUGAUCCUUAGUAUUCUCGUAGUGCUGAUACUUACAGUGUUUGUGGCCUUCUGCCUUCUAGUCUUUGUCCUCAGACGGAAUAAAAAACCAGCUGGUCGACAGGAACUAGGGAAUCAGGAGUGCGGCUCCAUGUCGCUGCAGCUCCACCGACAUGGCCACAAAUCAGGCAAAAAAGGUUCCAUUCCGGGAGAUGAAUUGGGAGGUGAAACAUUUAUCCCUCAAACAAUUGAACAUAUCGGCAAGAGCCACACUUGUGGCAUUGGACGCUCAUCAGACAUGGACGCUGGGUUUAAGUUUGCCGACUCGCAAAGGCAGAAAAUUAUCCUGCGAAGCAGUGCCGAAAAGGAUAAGGAUGCACUUUCCACCUUGGAGCGCAACAAGCGCCUCAGCACAAUCGACGAACUCGAGGAAUUCUUACCAAAUCGAGAGCCCAGCAUGUUCAUCCAGAACUUCCUGGACAGCAAGAGAGACUUCAACAGCAUAGGAAUGGGGGCGUACGAAAUCCGUUACCCGGAGAAAUCUCUGGAUAGAAAGGUGAAGAAAUCAUCUCUGAUAGGUGGGAACCACAGUAAGAUUGUGGUGGAGCAAAGAAAAACCAGCUGUGCGCAUACACUCCCUCGCAUACACACACAUACAGCAACAAAGUGCCUUCUGGAAAACCGUUAUGACCAAUGCUUAGGUGGAAAAAAUGGCUCCAUACGACAAAGCUUUUACUUGGAUCAACGAGGAUACACAUUACAGUGAAAGACGUUUGGAUCAUCCAUGUAUGAAUCAUACCUAGAUACCACAAGACAGCCUACAGAUGACCUGACAGUCUUAGUAUUUCUGCUGCUAAGGAAAUGGUGACUAUGUAUUAUUUUCUGUUGUUGUUGCUGUUAGUUUUUUCCUAACGAAUGAAAUGGUCUUGGAACAGUGCUUGAGAAUAUACCUCGCAGGUCCUUCCCUCAUUUUAUAAGAGAAGGCUGGAAACCGAAAAAUGAGGGCACCUCAGUCAUAUCCUUCUUGGCUCCUAAAUGUACAGGUAUCUGAUGACUACUUCUGAGAAAUAGUAGGGGAAUUAGUGGCAAAGAAUGACUCAGUGGAUUCAACCUUUCUUUUUUUCACUUUGUAAGGAUAUUUGUUUAUUUUGGGGGAAGCUCUCUGGAGCUGCUUGCAAACUUUAUGCCAUUUUGUCAGGAUUAUACACUAUGCUGAAAGGCUAAAUGGCUCCUGUUUUGUGUUCAUGGGAAGGCAACGUACUCCAGAACACUUCUCAGAAUGAUUUCAAGACUUAUUUUCUUUGUGUAAAGAGCCAUGUUAAUAUAUAGUGUAUUCUGAAUGGAGUUGUGUUUUUUCCUCUUCAAGUUACUAUUUCAAAAUGUAUGUUUUUGGGUGAAACUGAAUCGGCAAUUACACUGUCAAUAGACGUUUCUAAAAAUGAAAACCCAAGGAUAAAAGAGUACAAAGCUGCUUGCCAUGUAAGCGUAACUUGGAAUUUAUUUUGUAAGUCUUACAUUAUUUGUAUUUGUGGGACUGGUUUGUAAAUUACACUGACCAACAUCUGCAUAUGCACACACACCUACAUGCUGUAUUGCGUAACAUCAUCGUAUAGAGACUGCGCCCCAGAAAUGAGAUCAUUAAUAGGACUCAAUGAAUAAUAACCCUCACCCCUCUUGUCAGUUCUCAAUUCAUAGUAAAAGAAUUUAAAAAUCAUAGUUAGUUUAUUUUUCUAUGCAGGAUUAUUUAAAGAGAUUAUGGUAUUAUUGAAAAAAAAAAAUACGACAGUACACUGAGCUGAACUAACUUUCAUCAGAGCUAAUUGGUCACAGGUAUAUGUGACUGUUGAUUUGUUCAGUGGUUUUUCAGUUCUGUUCUCUUACAAGUUAACAUGAACAAUGGUGAAAUGUGAUCUGUGUUGUUUCGCACGACAAGCCUGGCAGAGUCUAGAAAGGCUCAAACCCGUUCCUUAUUCUUACAUCUCCCACAGCAUCUUGUAAAAGGUUUCUUAUGAACUUAUGCAACCAAAAUAAAUGUGCAUUAAACUUAAUAAGGUUUUGGAUUGUUGAUAUGAGAGUGGUGACAUUCUAAAAAUGCGAGCUCUUAAGAUCAUCAGACAAUGUGCAAUAUUAGGGAACUAUUCAAGUAGGAAAUGGCUUUGAAUCUUGUUUAUUUAGUUUGAGGUAAUAUUGUUAAAAGACAAGAUGCAGUUUAAAAUUCAUUUACUUAACUAUGCGUUUUCUUUUUAUUUAAAAGUAUUGUUAAGUCAAACUGAUGACGUUCAAUUGUUUGUUGACAUUGCAAAUGAAUAGAAUGUAACUUGGAAGGUACAAUAAAUACAAAUUUCUAUCAGUCAUAAAUCUCCUGUAUAAUGGUUAAUUUUCUCUUGUAUUAUCAUGUUAAUAUGACGGUAUUAAAGUAAGCACCUAUUUGCACUGUGUCCCCACAAUUUAUUUCAUGUUGCACAACUAGUAUUCUAUGACACUUUAUUUACCAGUCAAGUAGGCAAUGUUCAUAAACAUUGAAACGACUGCAAACUGGUAGUUCCCUAAAGUUAAAAUUUUGGACAAAUAUCUUAAGUGGCAGAAUGUUGAUUUAUCAAUUGAUUUUUUUUUUCAUGGUAUGAAAACAAAGUUUUCCACCGACCAAUUGCAAAUAAUUUGAGCAGAUUUUGAGGAUGCUGAAACUGCAAUGCCACUUUGACUCGUGCUUUUUGUGGCACAAAUCUUUUAUCCAACAGGUAUAAAGGUUUCUUCUGUUUUUGGCACAUAUCAAACAUUCAUGCUUGUUCCAUUUCAGGGUAAAAAAAAAAAAAAUCUGGAUUUCCAUCUCUGUUAAUCCCACCACCUAUGGGGCUUUUGGGGAACCAAGUAGCUGAAAGUAUGACUCACCCAGACGCAAGAGAAUUUUCCUCAUUAAUUAUUAAUACUUUGGCAGUUAUGAACUAAAAAAGGAAGUGGGAAAGGGUAGUAAAUUUAGAUAAGUCCUACCACACAAAAUGCUCACUGUUCUACAUUUUUCCCUCCGCUGCCCGGUGGGUCAUAUUUGUAAUCAUAUUGCUCUGUAAUGUGAUGCAUGUACUAGGAUAUUUGAUAUAGACCAUUCGCACUUUUACUUCAGAGAACUAACCGUAGUGCUGAAGUUCUAUGAAGUUCUAUUAUAGGGUACUUAUCUCACUCAUUGGCUGCCAUUGACGGCCUUCGAGGUCCAAUCCAUUUUGCCAGCCACCCCGUCGAAUUGGAUUGGACCUCUCGUGCGGUCAAUAGCACUGAAACAUGAGCUUCCUCCCAGUUUAAAUAAAAAGGAUUUGCAUUGUUGUCAAUAGAAAAUAUUGAGUUAAAUAUUAUGGGGAAAAAUAAACUUUAGAGUGUUAUUGAGGGCCAUAACGAGAGUGUAUUUCUGUUUUUAUUCAUAUUAUUGUAUUAAUUGUUUUCAUUUAAAUUUUAUUAAUUUAUAGUUUUAUCCAUGUAAAAAAAUGGUAGUGUAGGCACUCUCUACCCUCAUACUGAAAAAUGAUAUCACUUUUUCACCUCAUCAUAUCACUGACCCUGAAUAUUUUAGGCAAAAAGGCAAAUUUGUUCUAAAGUUAUCGUGAAAUUGUUUUUUAACUUCUGUAACCUUUAACCUUAUUUCCCCAAAACUUUAUUUUUUUCAACCUGUCCUGAUCAGCUGCUUGACAUGGAGAAUGAGAAUCUGAGUGUCCUAUCGGUCUGAACAGUUUUAAUGUAUCACAUGGGAAUAUGACAUAUUCCCGAUAUGAUUACUCAGUGCGUUUCGUUUAUUAGGAGAAAGCAUCGAUCAGGAAAGGGUUAUGGGGGGACAGAAAGCAAAAUAGAACAGGAGAGAGAGACAGAAGAGAAUAACAAACAAUGACAAGAAAUACAUUCAACGCCUAAACUAACUAUGAAUACAGUAGUGCUAUCCUUAGCUAAUUGUAUUACCGGUUGACACUAUGUAGGGGCAUGAUGACCAAGCAGAAAAAUCACCUCUUCCGUUUGAUAUUGCAAAGAACUGCAAGAUUUAAAAUAAUCCCUUAAUUCAUUCUUCAGUUAUCUAUAUUCAGACAUAUUUUUAACCUCUGUGACGUUUGACACUUUUACCGUAUAAGCUUAAAAUUGUAUCACCUCUUCAAUUUCAUAUUACAAACAAAUCAAGCAAGUUUGCCUUUAUUUGCUUUCUUGAACACAAACAAUAAAACAGACAAACGCAAAAAAUACAUAACCUCUGUCUCACGAAGGUUUUACCUACUGGCGGAGGUGGUCAUAAUUUAGACCUUAAGUACACUAAUGUGGACACCACAUUUCACUCAUGUAGGCCACACUUGUUUGCAUGUUCUGAAAACUACCAAAAAUAGUCAUUUGCCCAAUAAACUAUAAGAGGAAAAUACAUUUGUAUUACUGCCUAUGUCAGAAUGUCUGAUAAAUGUUUCUGUGUUUUCCCACCUUAUAAUUGUAAUAUAUCUCUGUGGAUAGUGUUGCUGAUUUUUUUUUAAACAAUCCACCCUGUGAAUGAGAGCAUUCUCCAAUAUUGGAUUUGCUUUGUAUUUAUCCCUAUUACUGGGGAAAUUAUACAUGAAAAAUUGGGCAAUGUUUCCCGACCUUUAGAAAAUACAAUAAUCUAUUUCACUUCAGAUAAAUAUCAUGGUACAUAAUCAAACAAAAAUGUCUCGCAAAGUUGUGCAUAAAUUAGUAUAAUCAGUUUGAAAUUUGGUUUUUAUCUAGAACAUAAAGUUUGUAUACUCACGGGAAGUCCAGUUUUAAAGAAACCUUUAACAAAAAGCCUUCAGUCUCAUAUAUUUUGGAGAGCUGUGUUGAUUAUUUUAUUGUCCUUUGUUUCAGUUCUGUUCGACAUUGUAUGUGCUGUAAUGUGAUCUGCUUAGUCCAAUUGUAAAUUAAUUUCCUCCUAAACACCUUGCUAAACUGUGGAGUAGCAAUUGUAACAGCAGUUGUACAAGUCUAUUGUGGGCCUGCAUUGUGUUCGGGAAUGUUACUGUCGCGGUUUUGGCAUCUGUUGUGGUCAGGUGGAUGUAUGAAAAGGGGUGGCGUAUCCCCAGUUACCACUAAUUACUCAGCACAUCCCGAUGAGAGGGAAACAAUACCUCGCAUUCCCGCAAGCUGCCUCAUUAAAUGUGGUGGUGAAGUUUAGCUGGGGAUACCAGGCUGCCAUUUUGACAUUAUAUUUAGUAACACGGAUUAAAGUAAAUCAUCUUGCUUCGUUGUCUCCAAGAGUUAAAGAUGAACUUUUAUUAUUUGACUUGAGCCCUACUAUUAUUCUUAGUUCAUGAAGCCCUUGAGCAUGAGGUGACAGUAUGUGACUUUGAAGAGAACACCGUGUCACAGGCCAGAAGCGAAAUGAUAUAAGCUUUCGCUAGCUUUCGUCUUUGUUUACACAGUUAGUUUUACAGCACAAAACUGUGGCUCUUGAAAAGUUUUUAGGCUCUUGUAUUCAAACCAUUGAAGUCAUUUUCAAAUAUGAUAAACCAUAGACUUCAUAAUGAUAUUGACGGUACACGGUGCCGAUUAAUAGGGGACCUAUCUCCGUCAAAACUGACCGAGUGGAAACACAGAUUAAGAGCUUUUUCCGUUGAAAAUUGUUGUGAAUAAAUGCUUAAAUCCCUGAAUUGUUUUUAAUAUGGACGUAAAACAGUCUUGAUUCUUUGGUAAAAGAGUGAAGACCCGGGCAGUUAGCAUUUAUUUUAUGUAAAUAUGUCAAAUGUGCUGCUAGUCUUUAAGCCAAUGUAGCGCCGCCUUAUCAUCACAAAUAGCUUUUUCCCUUGAAAAUUCUUGUGAAUAAAUGCUUAAAUCCCUGAAUUCUUUAUAGAUAUGGCCGUGAAACAGUCUCGAUUCUUUGUUAAAAGAGCAAAGACCCGGGCACUUAGCAUUUAUUUUACGUAAAUAUUGCGAUCUAUGAUGCCAAUGCCGUAGCGGGUAAUUUGUCCCAUUGUUUUUUUAACGUUUCAAAAUGCAUGCAUGGUACGAAAAAUAUAAUAAUUACCUUGAAUCCUCGAAUAAAUUACUCCUGAGACAAUCCUUCCUGUUUGUAUGCGGUACAGCUUUCAUAUUUUUUCAACGUAAAUCCGGCGUUAGAUCGCUGCGUCAGUGUGUUUGAGGAUAACUCCUCUUGAUGUGGGCAGGCUCCCUGCUUGAAGGCAAGCGCAGUGAAAGACGGAUGUGACCCGUCAAUACAAGGGCAUAGGUUUGCAUAGGGACGGUAGGGACAUAACACUACCAACUUUUCACGAUGCUCAAAUUGUCCACAUCAACUUUGAAGAAACCUGCGUUCUAUUAUGAGUUCAGUUAUAUAGGUAAGGGUUAGAUUGUCUUCCCAUAUGUUGAAAGGAUAGAAUAUACCCUACCAUUAUUAAGUGAAUUAUUUUCAUUAUGUUCUUACAUUUAUCCCUUUUCACUUACUGAAUGUGCCAGUCCAUUUUUUUUCACUCAAACACACGUUUGAUUGGCUGAUGACUUGACCCUUCUCCCAUCACACAGACACACACCCACACUCACACAGUUUUGACAGAUUCAUAUCAACAACAUACCGCCUCCUCUGCCCGCUUUAAAAAGGACGGAUAUUUGAAGUUUUUUUUUCAGCCAGUAGCAGCCACUGUACGUGAUAUUAAAAGACAUCAAUGUUUUUGAGGUGGGGGAAACACAACUAAUGUUGCUACUGAAAGUCUGACUUACAUCAGAGUUGGCAUGAUAUUAAACUGUGUGAUCUUGCUAACAUACAAAAGUACUGUGGUCAGGCAGUAGUCGCUAAUUUGGAUCAUUGCUGGCAUUAUGUGCAUUACGGUAAUGCAGCGCGGUGGCUUCAGAGUCCCUUUAUUCAAAGAACAGGGAGCUAUCCAAUAAUGGGUUCACAUCAGGGAGACACUGACAUGAACAUAAACAUGAAAUGACAUGAAAAAAAUCUGUGAAAUGAAAACACACAUCAGAAUUUCAGGAGAAUACUUUGGUUCAAAUCUUGGAUUAUUUUAGUGUGCGUCAGAUGUAAAUCGGUCCUUACAUAUCUGAUUUAAAAAUAAUAAUAAUAAUAAUAAUAAUAAUAAUAAAUAAAUCCAAAAUCACAAUAUUACAAUAUUUUAGUUUGAGUCUAGGGGUGCUCCAGUGUCUCCCAGAAGUGGACCAAUUAUUGCAUAGCUCCCUGUUUUGUUUUGUUUUUUCCCAAUAAAUGGACUUGCACUUCUAAAUGUUUCUUUAGUAGUUUUGAAAACAAAGGUGUGAAUCGAACGUUGUAUCACUUGAACCAAAACACAUGAAAGUUAAUAUAAGUCGAUACAGAUUUAUUUUGCAUUGAUCAUUUAGCCUAUCAAUUAAUUUGGUUCAUAUUUGUGAGAAAUGUAGCCCUAACACCCAUUCAAUAAUCCGUUUGGUCUUAAUAAUGUCCUAUCCUCAGCAAAAACCAUACAUGCAGGUUAUGCUGUUAUGUCAUCCCUACCAUUGUUCAGACCAAACCUACGCCCUUGCGUCAAUAUCAUUAUGAAGUCUAUGGAUAAUCAAAUACUGUCUUUAAAGAAUUGGUCAGGAAGCUCUUGGCAUACUGUAUGUCUUAUACAGUGAUACUACUUAAGUCUUUCAGUUCCAUUUCUGAUUAUGAGAAAUUAGCUCGUCGGAGUAGAUUUCCAAUCCAUUUGAAGUGGGAGGGCUGACAGAGAAUGAAUAUAAACUACUGCUCAACAAGUUAGAAAACAAAUACAUGUGAAUUAACUUUAUCUUCAGAUUUUCAGCUUGAAUUUGCGAGUAUUUACAUCCAAAUCAGGUGUAAACUGUAGAAGUUGCAAAAGUUUGUAGAUGAGCCUCCAACCUCAUGAAGGAUCAAAAGUAGAGGGUUAAAUUACAAAUAUGACACAAAGCGUCAAUUUUAAUACUUGGUCAAAAACCUUUAUAGUCAAAAUCACAGUCUGACAUUUGGAGAACAUUGACUGGAUUUCAUCCCUGGUGAGGCUCUGACAGUCCUUUGCUGCAACUGAAUUAUAUCUAAUGUGAUUUGAAGCAUUUGGCUCAAUGUGAGCGGCUAGCAUUGUCUGAAACACUACAGUAUUUAUUCUGCUUUCGUCAGCAGUCAAAUUGUCAAAUAUAAUCAAUAAAUGCGAAUAAUCCAGCUCCAAUGGCCGGCAUAAGUGGCCAAAGUAUGGAACAACUGAGGAGCCAAUUGUCCAAUUUAAUGUGAAUGAGAAAUUCAGUAAGUGGAGAUGUUGAAGUGUUCCAAACUUGAGGAUUCAUUUACUGCAUAGAAGUUGUAACAAAGUAUUAAAAAGUGUGAAUUUGCAAAUGCUUGUGAGUAUGUCUAAUUACUUUUGGUCCAUUAAAAAAGUAGAAGACACAUUUAAAUGUGUUUUAACGCUUGAUCUCAGAAUUUAUGAUAAUAACAUUUUAUUGAGAGGCAAACAGAGUAGUCACUGUUUCACGUUGCCUGCCAUUCGAAUGUAAAUGGUAGUUAGCAGUCAAAUUUUCCAAUAACCACCAGUGAAACCUAAGCCCUUCACAACCUGAGACAUACAGUACACAUGCUGUGACACCAUGAACUGUUGCCCCUUUUGCUUUAGUAAGAUUAUUAUGGGAAGGCUUAUUUAUGUAUGAAGCAGAAAAACAAUCCGGCUAUCAUUUACUUUAGUUUUCUCUCUACUGUUAUUUAAUCCAAACCCCCCACCACCACCACCACCACCCCCACUUUUUCCACUUUUCACCACACUGUUUGCACGGUUUCUUUGAAACACUUCAUAUGUGUAGCAUUACUUAAACAGAUAUCAAAUUCUAACUCACUGUUUCAUAUUCACUGCUGACAAUUGACCUCUUUGUCCAAAUUCUAUUGAGUUGCUGAAAAUUAAAGUUCAGGUGACUCUAUGGUGGCAACUUUUUAACUGCAAACGUGACUGUCCCUGUUUAUUGAUGCAAAUGAGUUAGUAGCAAUGUUCACAUUUUUUAAUAGCUCAUCCCAUCCUCUUUCUAAAGUGCAUGCUUUUUUUCUAAUAUGAAAAUUACCAAACUUGAUCCAAAACACCACUUUGCCUAGCGCAGACUCACUGUGGCAAUUUAGACGGGGAAGAAAAUACAUACAACCCCUAGCAAAAAGUAUGGAAUUACCAGUCUCGGACGAACACUUACUCAGACAUUUUAUCAUGCAGACCAAACUCAGAUAAAAAGCUUGAAAAAAAUAACGAAUUAGUUCAAAAGUGCAACUCUUUAGCAUUCGGAAACAUUAAAAGAAAUGAAUAAAAAACAUUGUGGUGGUCAGUAAAUGUUACUUUUAUAGAGCAAGUGCAGGGAAAUAUAUAUGGAAUCACUCCAUUCUGAGGAAAAAAAUAUGGAAUCAUGAGAAACAAACAAAGAAAUAACAAUCAAAACACAUCUCUAGUAUUAAGUAGCACCACCUCUGGCUUUUAUGACAGCUUGCAGUCUCCGAGGCCUGGACUUGAUGAGUAUUCUUCAUCAAUUUGAUUCCAACUCUUUUUGAUUGCAGUUGCCAGAUCAUUCAUGCAGGUUGGAGCCUUGCUGUGGACCUUUUUUUUUUCACAUUUCCACCACAGGUUUUCAAAAGGGUAGAGAUCUGGGCUAUUUGCAGGCCAUAACAUUGACUGGAUGAUUCUUUCUCCAAGGAAUGCUUUAACAGUUUUACUGGUAUGAUGCAUUGUCAUCUUCAUAUUUUCAAUUGAAGGGAUAAGAACGCUGUCUAAAAGUUCAUGUAAACUUUAUUGAAGAUUUAAGCACAGCCAUCUCCCCAGUGCCUUUGCCUGACAUGCAGCUCCAUAUCAUCAAGGACUGAGGGAAUUUUGAUGUUUUCUUCAGGCAGUCAUCUUUGUAAAUCUCACUGGAACAGCACCAAACAAAAGUUCCAACAUUAUCACCUUAUCAAGAGUCAAGAAUCUGCAUUGGACAAGGUGAUGAUGCUGGAACUUUGGAUUGGUCCAUAUUUUUUUCCUCAGAAUGGAAUGAUUCCAUAUAUAUUUAUAUACAGUGGUACCUCUACAUACGAUCACUUCGACACACGAUCUUUUCGACAUCCAACGUAAAAUUUGAGCCGCCAUUUGUUUCUACAUCCGACGAGUUGCUCGAAAUACGACGACAUGACAGCACUGCAAACGAACCCACGGUGGAUUUUCUUAUGUGAGAAAUCAACACAGUUUUCAAAAAAAGUUGAUACAGUUGGAGAAACAAGGAAAAAAGUGAUGCUUACCUUUGAAAUGAAGAUGCAAGUUAUAGAAAAAUAUGAGCUUGGGGUGCGCGUCCCUGAACUGGCUCAACAAUACAGCUCCAUGAUCCUCUUAUGACCACCGUUCGCCACUAUUUAUAAGUUAAGGUGACAAUUAUUAUUGUGGUAACAUUGCCAAGGAA